AUGAGACAUACCAGGAAACAGGACGUUGACGCAGCCGCGCCACUGCCCCCAGGUUACGUCUGGGCAGCAGAUUUUCAAGAAGAACGAAGAUCACCUCCCACCCACCUUACAAUCAUCUUUCGCAAGACCCUGGUCUUUGGUAUGCCGAAACCUGAUGACUGGGAUGCCAUGGAUCAUGCAACUCAGAUGAAGUCUAAACGAGAUUACUUGUGCCAUCGAUGGGGCGAGGACAGCUUCACAUUCGAAGAAGACCCGGUGUCUAAACGCAAAUUCCACGGCCGUAUACGAGUCGAACAAAACAAUUAUUACGCCACCUUUGAAGAUCCUACUUUUGAGACCCCCAACUUCGAUGAGCAGUAUCGCAUCACCACCAGGCUCCUGGAAAACAACACCAAGAUUACCGACGAUGUCUCCUUCUACGACUUCAAAAAAGCCCUUGAAAAGGCAGAAUCUGCAACAGCAGUUGAAGUGCACGCUCCUGAGAACUUUCUUCAACAAGAAGACCCGGCUGUCCUCCUUGCUGCGCUCCUGCCUCCGGCCAGUGUCCGACAAAGCAUCCCAGAGAAGCAAAAGCAAACUGCGCCAGCCACGCUACCUGUCAAAUCGAAUCAAGUCUUCCAUCCACUUGCUGCUAGUCUCUCCAGUAAAACAGCUGGCGACAGAUCUGGCAAACGUGAAACAAAGGCCGUCGCCCCAGUUUUGGAUACGCCUGCUCAACUACACAAUGUUCCUACCAACAUUCCCAGAUCACAAGCAGCGAUAAUGGAGAGAAUUGGCGUCACGGCGUCCACUUGCAGAUUAACUUCUAACGACAAAGCUGCACAGAAUCCUCUUGAACCAAUUUCCAACAAGAGAAAACGCACAAUGACAGAAAUGUACACCCAUGUCAAUGCAUCUGUCCCCACACCACUUCCUGAAACCCUUGAACAACUUCCAGAACCACCAGUCAAAAAGCCAAGAACCAAAGCAUAUACAGCACCAGCAACUCAUCCACCUGCCCCUCCUCCGAGGCCUGCACCAAACAACCUGACAGUCGCACCGAAGCAUGUUGUUCCACCGAACAGACAGACGCCAACCUCCUCAACAGCGACUGUCCAACUGCCACCAGGAGGCCGCUUGAACACGAACAUGCAUGACGUUCACAGUGCGUCGGCAGCUCCAGCCUACGGACCUAUGGGCUACGCACCCCCGAUGCACCGGCCCUCACCUAGUUUGGAACCGAGGGCCCUAGGCUCCCCAUUCCAACAUGCUGGGCCGAUGGCGGGCCCUGAUUCAACACCAACUGCUGCUGUCUAUUCACGAGCCAACCAGCCUCCAAGUGACUUUGCUAUGAAUACUGAUGGGGUCUUUCAGACACAUCAUCGACCGAUGCCUGUCCUUGCAACCGAUCCCCAAGGCAAUUUUCCGGCAUACGCCUAUAGCUCAUAUGCCUUUCCCACGAAUGCUUACGGCGGCUUCUCACAAAGGUAUCGACAGCCCACGUCUGCUAUGGUAGCGAAUCCUCAGGGUAUCUUUCCGGUGUGCCCAGGAUUCACACCUGCCACCACAGUCAGUGCCUACAGCCAGUCUCCACUCUACCACCACAACUCGCCUGCACCUAUUGCAACUUCCCAGGGCUGGACCGAGCCAGAUUCAACCCCACGCCUUCAAAAUCCCUCCAUUGCCCAGCAUCGAUCAAUGGGCAGGGAGAUGAUGCAGGCCCCCAUCAACCAAAACCUCACAAGUGCGCUACGUCCGAAUGGUCAACCUAAACCAAGACCGCAUGCAAUGAAUGGCCAAGGUCCAAUCGAUCAUCAGGACAACAAUGACAAGCUCCAGAAUGACCGCAGAAAAUUCUUGCAGGGCCUGUCCCAAAGGCUCUUCGAUUUGAGCAAAUCGAAAAACAUUACCUUUGAAAGCAUCAUUGAGUAUGUGUUUAGUCUUCUCCGGCCCUGCAUCGGAGAAAAUCGAUACAAAAUCGACGUCAGUUCAGGCGACCAUUGGAACUGCUUUUGUACCGCAUACACUCAGUUCUGCCUGCAGCUACUCUCCAAAGACCCUCAACUGGUAGCCAGACGCGAAGAGGUUCGACAGACCGGUUCGAAAACAUCGGAGUUGGAGCUCAAACAAGCCCUUCACAAGGCUGGACUUGCUAAGUGGGUCCAGGCAGUUGAGGCCACAAUCAGAAAGCUCACUGCCAUGCCAUCGCGAGUGUGA